AUGGCUGACAGGUGGUUUGCAGCGCCCAAGAAGAAGGAACAGCAGAAGAUGGCCCUGGGAGACUUCCUAGCAGACCAAUCGCUAGGAUCAUGGGCCGAUGAGAUGGAGGACGCGCCCAUGCCUGGAGUUGGUGCCGGCAGAAGUUCUGGCUACGGAGGUGAUAGGCCCACCUUUGGCUCUGGCGGCGGCAGCGGCUUCGGUGCUGACCGCGCUGGCAGCUUCGCCGACCGUGGAUUCGCGACUCGCGAGGCCCUCCCCAUGCCCUCCAAGCCCCCGUACACCGCUCACUUGGGCAACCUCUCUUUCGAUGCCACCGAGGGUGACGUAACCGACUUCUUUGCCGACUGCGAGGUGACCAACGUACGUAUUGUCGAGGACAAACUAGACCGCAAGCCCAAGGGUUUUGGAUACGUCGAAUUUGGCAGUGUCGAUGGACUGAAGAAGGCUCUCGACCUGUCUGGCACAUCUUUCCAGGGCAGGAAUAUUCGUGUCAGCGUUGCUGAACCACCAAAGGACCGCCCCGAAGCCCGAGACAUCUCAGACUGGACCCGAAAGGGACCCCUUCCCGAUCUCCCUGGCCAGCGCAGCAGCUCUGGACGAGGCGGCUUCGGCGCAGGCCGUGACCGUGCCUUCGACGCAGCAUCUGACGCCGGUAGCGAGCGGGGCGAACGUCGCCGCCCACCUCCAUUCGAGGGCGACGGCAAGCCCCGUGACUUUGGCAACUGGGAGCGCCGAGGACCUCUUUCGCCAGCCGCUGCUCCUGCUCCCAGCGAAGGUGGCCGCGCACGAGGUGGCUUUGAAGGAGGACCCCGUGAGGGACGCAGGCAGUCCCCAGCCUGGGGUGAGGGUCAGGGCACCGAAGGCUCUCGUGGGCCGCGCCGUGAGUUCCAGGAGCGACCACAGUACGAGAGACAGCCCACUGCUGCAGACGCCGACAACCAGUGGCGGUCCAAGAUGCGCCCCGACGCACCUGCUGUCAAGUCACCCAUAUCUACACCCGAUGCUAGCACACCAUCAUCGCCAGCGCCGCAGCCUGCUGCGCCAGCCAGUCGCCCCCGCUUGAAUCUGGCCAAGCGAACAGUCUCCGAGGCUCCAGCAGCUCAGGAGGUCUCCACCCCUUCAGAUAAGCCCAACCCAUUCGGUGCUGCACGUCCCAUCGACACCGCUGCUCGUGAGAAAGAGAUUGAAGAGAAGAGGCAGUUAGCUAUACGCCAGAAGAAGGAGGCGGAUGACAAGGCUCGCGAAGAGAAAAAGGCUAAGGAAGCUGCAGAGAAACCGGCGCCCAAGGACUCGGCGCAGCCAACGCCAACGAAGAAAGAGGAGAAUGGUACCGAGGAGAAGCCCAAAUCCAACUUCGAGAUUCUACAACGGGUUGAUGAGGGCAACUCUGCUGGCCAAGAUGAGGAUGCUGAAGGAGAGAUUGUACACGACAAGGACGUUAAGCCGCAGGAAAUCACUCGCGACCCACCAAAGGCUGAACAGGGUUCAUGGAGGCGAAAGUCUAGCACGCCUGCGGCACCUGAGGGCACCACUACCGAGGCUAUGGACGAUGACGGCUGGAGCACUGUCACGAAGCCCACCAAGAACGUGAAGAACAACCGUCGGGGAGGUGGAGGUGCACCGGCUCGUGCCAUUGCGUCUUAG